AUGUCAAAUGUAUCUCUACUUGAUUGCCCAAUAGAAAUUCUUCAUCAUAUUUUUGAUUAUCUUGAUACACAAACAAUUUUUCGUUCAUUACGAUGCGUUUGUAAUCAACUCGAUGCAACUGUUAAGACUUAUAAUCGUUUUCAACUUAAUCUUACUUUAACUUCACAAUUGCAUUUUGAUUUUAUUUUACAUUUUUUUCGUCCUGAAAAUAUUAUCUCAUUAGUUUAUUCUGCUGAUUGUAGUAAACAAUCGAAUAAAAUCGAUUUUCUUUUAACAAAUUUUGAUAUUCGACAAUGUACUCGACUUAAUUCAUUAACACAAUUAGAUAUUGAUAACACUGAACUAGAUCGAGUUUUACUUUUAAUAUCACUUUCAAUUCAAUUUUAUCAUCCAUCUCAUCGUGUACCAAUUCUUUCUCUUUCAAAAGCUAUCAUGAAAUGGAAUCUUCAACAAUUACAUCUAAUAAAUGAAAGUUAUAUUACAACAAUUUUAUCAUGGCCAAUUCCAUGUCCAUUGAAUCAUUUAACAAUAGACACUUGUACAUAUACAGAAUUUAUGUAUAUUCUUGGACAUUCUCCCUUUUUACGAACAUUUACUAUGAAAAACUGUAUCGGUAUGAAUAGUGCACAUUCUAUUGAUGUAUCUUAUCCACAAUUGACUUCAUUAAUAAUCAAUUUCUGUUAUUUAUCAUUCAAAAACCUUAAUUUACUUCUUUCAUAUAUACCAUCAAUUACUUAUUUGAAAUUAAUCAUUUAUGAAGCGGAGUUGGGCUCUUUGUUUGAUGGUUCACAAUGGGAAGAAUUUAUUCAAACAAAACUUCCAUUUUUAAAUAAGUUUCAUUUUUGUUUUCGAUAUACGAUUCAAAAAAAUUAUGAAAAAUAUAUAAGUAUCGAUUCGGUUAUAAAUCAAUAUCGAACACCAUUUUGGUUGAAAAAAAAAAACGUUGGUUUGUUACUUGUGAUUGUGUCAUGCGAUCAUCAUUAUCUGAAAUAA